GUUCACCACCCAACAUGUCCACCAGUCUGUAUUUCCAAGAAGCGGUAGUUUCACUCAUUACUUGCACACAAUAGCAGCCACUCAGAUUCCCACCAUGGGCCGACAAGCCUACCUGGACAAGAUAGCAUUUGGGCGCUCUGCAUUUGAGCCCACAUCUUGCGCUUCGCAGUCUUCAGAGUAUGUGCAGCUCGAAUCGGCGCAGUCUGAGAUUCCUGCGCGGUACCAUGAGGCCACUGCGAACAACUACAUGCAGCUUUACGAUGAGCGCGGGAACCCCAUCAACCCGCGCUCCCACCAGUACGGCAAGAAGCUGAGAGGCGCUCAGAAUGACGUGCUUGCAUCGGUGGGCGUAGUAGAAAGAAGACGCUCGCCCGCAGAGGGACUACCUGGUUCAAGCGAAGAGCGCCUCCAACUGCUCGAGGCUGAGGAUACCAUGGGCAAUGCAGUUGCUUUGGCCACAACAUUUGCCGAAAACAUUUGCACAUGGUGGAUAGGUACCAUCAGAGACAGGGUGCUCACAUUUCGAUAUCACCAUGGCCUCACAUUUAGUCAGAUUGUUAGUUCCGAGUGUGCCUUGUCAGGCAUCUCAAUCAUGUAUGCAGGCUUUGCUCCCCGGGUCUUUGCGGCUCUGAAUAUACAAACUGCUGUAUACAGCGUGUUCAUGUAUCAGCCAAUUGAACGCUUGCUCCAUGCCACACGCGCAAGUGCAAGGACACGCAAUGUGUUCCGCCGAACGAGGAGACUACUAAGAGCGAGCCUGCGCGUUGGCCUUGAGAUGCUUUGCUGCCCGUUUUACUAUCACGCUGCGCUGCAACGCUUGGGCCUAGUGCCUGCUCGACCACUCCUUCCCUCAUGGCGCACUCUGAUUCCGUUUGCACUAUCGUCGCCACUACUACCAGCCUACUUGCCUCAGCAUGCGACCAAUGUAUUCGCGGGUCGUUUCACCGUUUUCUUCUUCUCGCCCGCCAUUAUUUUGUGUUCUGAGCAUAUACUUGAGCGCUGGGUUUAUGCCUGUGUGUACGAAGCUGUGGAAUCAUCAAUCAUUCGCCCCGACAAGCCUGACACAGCCAGCCGGGAUGUCAAUGGAAAAGAUCGGGCGUUGACUGUGCUAGGGCUACGACGGGAGUCACCUCGGCUGAUCCGCAAUGGCAUUCACAAGGUACUUUGGAUGCUGGGAUGGGCUUCCCCACUUGCAGCCUCGAGCACAGAACAGAAACAAACGGUCGGUGUGAACUCAACGCGAGAUACGAGCGAUGCCCAGACAAUACAAGUUGGUGGCACGCGGGUUACAAACGCUACCCCACUAAGUCUGCCCGUCGUUCAAACACAAGAUCAGCGGGCCAACGAGCCGUUGGAGGCGGAUGUGAUUACCAUCCCAGUGAGGGCAGUUGAUGAGCUGAUGCGUUCUACGAGCCCGCCAGGUUCAACAACAGACUCGGAAGAGGAGGAAAAUGACCCCCGGAUACGAAUUACAUCGCGAGAAGGCAUUGUGGAGAUGGAAGUCCGGCUUCCACCCAGGACGCUGUCAAGUCACAGCGAGGUUGCAGACACGUUUGGACCUACGCGAGAGGGCAGAAGGAGCGAGUCGAUGGGGGCAGCUGACUUGUGGGAGAAGGAGAGGUACCAUCGUGUGACGCAGCUGUCGUGCGAGCCAGCUCAAAUGAUUGGGGCCAUGGUGCGGGCUCAGCUUGUCGGGCUUGUGAUGCUCCCCAUUCGCAUGCUGACGCUGCAGACAAUAGCCUUGCACUAUCUGUCGAGCCAAGGACGGCAGGGAGGCCCGCACCGGAUGAUUAGCUCACUAGAGAUAGGUAGUGGGCUGAGUUUGGAAGGGAUUAGCAGGCAGGCGUUGCGGGUAGCGCUGUGUGGCGCGUUGGAGAUGGCCAUGGAUCUGGGGCUGUGGCAGAUGCAGUACCUGGCCAUUACCAAGGUUGGAAGGGACUGGUUUGGAUGGGGCACACUGUAGAAGGCGAGUUAGUCUGCUUCUAGAAUGCUUGUAGGCACGAGACAAGGCGAGACGACGGCAGGGCUGGCCUAGGAAGGGAUUU